ACGCCGCCCUAACUGUAAAAUCUCCAUUUUGAAUGUUUUUAUGGUAAAGUUAGCGCCUGUUCACGGAACCUGAAACCACCUCAUGCGGACUGAGACGUCGAGGAAUCGCGUUUUUAAUUUUUAUUAUUUUCUGUUAGAACUGGGCCUCGCCGUGUUUGUGUGUGUGUUUGUGUGUGUGUCAGUCAGAAGGGGUUGUACUCUUCCCCGCACAACUUGGGAGAGUGUUGUUUGACGCGACUCGCCGCGACGCUGAACUGGCUGCACGAGAAGUAAGCGCGCGCCGUGUUGCUAACGGCUAGCAGCAUAAGCAGGACGAGGAAAAGAAAGACAGAUAAACAACAACCAAAACGAUGACAGAUGAUGCAGCAAAACAAAGCAGGCACUUAAACAACAAUAGCACAGAAGGAUGGAGCCAGGAGGUUUGAAGAACGGUACGAAGAGAGAUGAGCAGUUGAUGGCGCUGAAUUUCAGCGAGAGUCCAGCUGAAGGAGUUUUGCAUAACGGAGCACGCAGCACCAUGUCAUUUGCCCCAACCACUGUGCCUCCCGUCAGCCCCCUCUUGCAGCCCGUGACGGGGGACCUCCCCACAGGCAUGAGCAACACGCCCCCUCCUGAGGAUAUCACCAUCCCUUUACCGUCUCCCCUGGAGCUCUUUGUGGAUGACUCGGACCAGAAAAUGGUCGGGAAGGACCUGAGGUCUCAACAGUCCUUUUCGCAACAGUCCUCGCUGGGGCUCUACAGCUUGGGGGAUAAUUUCUCACGCCUAGAAGCCAGCAUUGCUGAUCUCAACAGCUCCUUGCCCUCUGUGGACUCCUUAAUGGUCGGCGAUCCUAGUCUGUUUCCCCUGAAAAGCGAGGACUUUUCACCGAUGGGGAAAGUGGACAUGGAUCUAGAUCAGGAUCCUUUCGGGAAAGAUGGGGACGCCAGUAACCCGAAGCUCUUCAGCGAUAACACCAUGGACCUUCUGCAAGACUUCGACUUGCCCGAGUCGCCCACAGAUUUUUACGUGGCAGAUGACAAGUUCCCGCCGUUGGUCGACGACUCUCUGCUCGGAGUCAUGGGUACAGACAAGGACUCCAAGUCUGUGGACUCGCUGAGCCCCAUAACCCCCCCCACCACCACCAUCAGCAACGUCAACGGCGCCACCAGCUCGGUUCCCUCCAGCGCGUCCACAAGCAGCCCGGCCCUCGUCAUCAAGCAGGAGAAGGAUCCCAUGAUCCAUCUGUGCACUCCGGGCGUGAUCAAGCAGGAGAACACUAGCGGGAGGAGCUUCUGCCAGAUGUCCUCGGACCUCUCCAGUCCGGUUAGGAAUGUCUCCAUCGCCAUCUGCGGCGUCAGCACGUCCAGCGGUCAGAGCUACCACUUCGGAAGCCCCGUUUCCAGCGGCAACCAGCAGAAAGAUCAGAAACCUAUUUUUAACGUGUUCACGCCGCAAAUGGCCAGCGACGAGUGGGGCCGGGGAUUUGGAAACUCCAGCGCGAUGCAGCAGAGGCCAGGCAACAGCUUCAGCAGCACUCCGGGCUUUAGCACCAGCUAUACCAGGCCCGAGGCCAGCACCGCCACAUCUUCAGGCACAGGGAAGUCCAGCGGCACACACAAAAUCUGCCUGGUGUGUUCGGACGAGGCGUCAGGCUGCCACUACGGAGUGCUCACCUGCGGCAGCUGUAAAGUCUUCUUCAAAAGAGCCGUAGAAGGGCAGCACAAUUACCUGUGCGCGGGACGCAACGACUGCAUCAUCGACAAAAUACGCAGGAAGAACUGUCCCGCGUGCCGCUACCGCAAGUGCCUCAUGGCGGGAAUGAACCUGGAAGCACGCAAAGCCAAGAAGUUGAAGAUGAAGAAUGCACAGCAGGCGAACCCGGCCGAGCUCCCUCCUCCCCCGCCGCCCGAGGCGCGAGCGCUGGUGCCCAAAGCCAUGCCGCAGCUGGUGCCCACCAUGCUGUCGCUGCUCAAAGCCAUCGAGCCCGAGACCAUCUACGCCGGCUACGACAGCACAGUCACGGACACGUCCACGCGGCUCAUGACCACGCUGAACAGACUGGGAGGACGCCAGUUCAUCUCGGCUGUCAAAUGGGCCAAAGCUCUGCCUGGUUUCCGGCAUCUUCAUCUGGACGAUCAGAUGACCCUGCUUCAGUCGUCCUGGCUCUUCCUCAUGUCGUUCGGUCUGGGCUGGAGAUCUUACCAGCAGAGUAACGGCAACAUGCUGUGUUUCGCCCCAGACCUGGUGAUCAAUGAGGAGAGGAUGAAGAUGCCCUACAUGGGAGACCAGUGUGCACAGAUGCUGAAGAUUUCCAACGAGUUUGUGAGACUACAGGUGUCAAACGAAGAGUACCUGUGCAUGAAGGUCCUUCUGCUGCUCAGCACAGUGCCAAAGGACGGUCUGAAGAGCCAGGCGGUGUUCGAUGAGAUCAGGAUGUCGUACAUUAAAGAACUAGGAAAAGCCAUCGUGAGGAGGGAAGAGAACUCCAGCCAGAACUGGCAACGAUUCUACCAGCUCACUAAGCUACUGGACUCCAUGCACGACAUGGUGGGUGGACUGAUGAACUUCUGCUUCUACACCUUCGUGAAUAAAUCGCUGAGCGUGGAGUUCCCUGAGAUGCUCGCCGAAGUCAUCAGCAACCAGCUACCAAAAAUAAAAGCCGGGAGCGUCAAGCCGCUACUCUUUCACCAGAAAUGAAAAGAAACAACUUUUUUUAUUAUUAUUAAUUUUUUUUUCCUGACAGCGGGACAACAUGCCUUAAAAGCUACACCACAUCACCAAGCGUUCCUCAUGAACCCACGCAAAGGGAUGGAGAGACACAGUGGAGGUGGAUGAAGGGCUCGUGAAAGAGAGAACCGGGGGGGGACAGUGUGCAACCGAUCCAAUACAGAACAACGACAGACAAGUGUAAAGACGGGUAAACGACAGGAAACUCGACGGCGACUACGGGAGGAAUAAUACUAGAGUGGAUGGAAAAAAAAUUAUUAUAUCGUAAAUGUUGUCUCAGGUGUUUGAUUUUCAACAUUACAAUAAGUAGUAAUUCUAUUUCUACCCAAUGUCUGUCUGUCUGUCUUUUAAUAUGUUUAUUUUUUUUCUCGAGUUAAAGCAAAACUUUAGCACUUAUUGUCAAUAUGCUCAAUCUGUAUACAUGCAGUUUAGAUUUUCAGAUCUUUUAAUUUCUGUUAAAAAAUUAUAUAUAAAUAUAUAUAUAUAUAUAUAAAUAUUAUCAUCUGAUAUGCAUUUUGUUUGAAUGAAUCAUUUCAGUAACGUGUACAGCGAUUAUGGCUUUGACGUGUCUUGAAGUUGGAGAAAUUGAGUACUUACAGAAGACAUAUCUUUUUCUAUUUUGAUGCUCACGAUUUGCUAACCGCUUUACUGAAUCUCACAGUUAUACAAUUAUAGCAAAAAGGGAAAAUAUGUGCCUUUUUUGAGCUUUGUCCAAUUUUAGCCAUUCUCUUUUCUGUAACAGUGCAUACCGAGCAUUCUGCAUCCACCAUUUUAGAUAUUAUAUUUGAUUGUAUUUUUAUACCCACUUGCACUGGCCAUUUAUUUUUUCCUUUUACCCAACAUGGCUGUUUUUUUUUCUCCAGUUUUAUUGUUCCUGGCAGCUCCAUGUUGACGUAGCGUGAACUAAAGUAACCCUUAGUGCUAUUGAAAUUUAGGAGCAUGAUCCUGAUCACAAUCCACAUCUUUCCUGUUUGACUUUCUGUCGACUCAAAUGCAAUCCUAAGCACUUUUUCACUCCUGGUAAAUGCUUUAAUCGUAAAAGGCGACACGAAAGAAAGGUGGAACGUUUUAUGCGUGAGCGGUGAAGUUUGUGUUUUUAGUAUUUGUCUCAGAAAGCCGUGUUGAAUUUUUUUGUUUGUUUGUUUUUGUCAUUUGUCGAAUGGUGUAGGAACGAAUUAACACAAUGUGAAUCAUUCUUAUGAUUUUUGGUCUUUUUGUUUUUGUGUUGUCAUUGCUGACAGCUGAUGUACGGAGGAAAAAGCCAAUCAUACUAAACGUUAUAAACUCUUAUUAACAAAUACUAAGUCAUCCAUUAAUCAUCCUGCAAACACACAGACUAACUUAACGGUCAUAACUACUAUACAAUAAUCUAUACAUCUCACUUAUACACACCCACACCUGUCUCAGCUUGACGUCAUUGUUAUUUAGACACCUGUGUGUAUGUGUGGGCGCGCGCAUUAUCCUUGCUCCGCUGUUUAAUCAGUCUAACGAACCCUUGUCGUUAUAACUUUCUCAGUCCAUUUCUCAGAUAAAGAGCAACAUCCUAGCCUCAUACUCACUACUCGGGGAAUUUCUAAAAGCCUGUAUUUGUUGUAUUCUACUUUUUCUGUGCCAAAAUGUGUAUUAUUUUCAGAUUUUUAGAUGCGCAAAACUGUGCUUGUCUUAACAGUUGUCAAGAGUUCUACUGAGCAAGAAAGGGAGAUAAAAAAAAGAGAAAAAAGAUGGAAUAUUUUCAUUUUUCCUCUGUUAAAGCUUAUUACAUGUUUAAUACAUGAAUAAAAAGACCAGAUUAUAUCUA